AUGGUCGCCCUCCUUCCUCUUCUACUCGGUCUUGUCGCGACCUCCGCCGCCGCUGAACACCAAACGAUUCAUGAUCUUAUCGACCUAAGCACACCACAAUCUAGUCUGGUUACUCUUGUUAACAUUGUUCGCGAACAUCGUGGACUGCCACCUCUCUGCACAAACAAAAAGCUGCAGGCUGCCGCCAAGCGUCACGUUGAGGACCAAUGCAAGUCAGAUUACAUGUCAAACACUGGUACAGAUAAUUCGAGUCCCGAGCAGCGUGUCACCGAAGCCAAGUACAAGUGGCAAAGUGUGGCUGAAAAUAUCGAUACUGGCAAUGCGAAUGCAACUGCCGUUGUAAAGUGGUGGUUAAAGGGAUCAAAUCGCGAUAAUAUUCUUGGCGAGUACACUAUGGUGGGCACAGCGUACAAGUAUAACGAAGAGACUUUCAACAAGCACUAUUGGGUUCAGGUGUACGCCACAGGUACUGCAGAAGAGUGCGAUUUGAAACAUAAGUCUUACGAAUUCUAA